AUGGACAAUUCUAGAAUGAACUCUUUCCUGGAGUACACCAUUUUUAACCGCGGGACUAAUGCUUACUCACCAAAACCAUCGUACCAUCAUCUGGACCAGGGCAUUACGGCUCCUUUCCCCGUUACCAACGGCACAACUGACGCCUAUAACAGUGAUGGACGGUUUUUCGUGGCUGACAACGCUCAGGGCCUCGCUGAUCCACAUCAGCACCAGAGCGCAAACUUCGCGCAUCACCCCACACAGGCCGGCUUUUCGGGCAUUGGGACCUCUUACGCCAACGCAGGCGCGACAGCUUAUGGGCCACAGGGCUCCAACCUGGACUACGGGCACCAUCAAUACUUCGUGAGCCAAGAGCAGGACACUGUGUACUUCCAGCCGUCCGGGAUUAAUGCUUCGAGCAUCGGGUCCAACUUCGUUUACAGCGGGGCACCGGGGGCGGUCACUGCGGGCCCAUACCAGCAGCACGGCUGCGGGGGGCAGGACCAUCAGCAGGGGUAUCUUCAGAACACCUACGCCGACCUGUCCCCGUCCCGAGGUGGGCAAAAGGACUUGAACUGUCAGCCAGAACAAAUCUCAUCGGGAAAGACUUUCGACUGGAUGAAAGUUAAGAGGAACCCACCUAAAACAGCUAAAGUCGUGGAUUAUGGCAUCGGUCAACAAAACACCAUUCGGACCAACUUCACAACCAAGCAGCUGACCGAGCUUGAGAAGGAGUUCCACUUCAACAAGUACCUCACUCGAGCCCGGCGGGUGGAGAUCGCCGCCACCCUGGAGCUCAACGAAACCCAGGUUAAGAUCUGGUUCCAGAACCGCAGGAUGAAGCAGAAGAAACGGGAGAAAGAAGGCCUAGCGCCGGCCGCCAGCCGCGCUUCGUCCAAGGACCUGGGAGACAACUCGGACCAUUCUACCUCCCCGUCCCCAGGAGCGUCUCCCAGCUCGGAAACCUCAUGA